CGAACCUUAAACAAGGGACCGACGAACCAACAAUAACAUUCCAUGCGCGACUAAUGGAGAAGGUGCGCCUCUGUCGGUAUAGUUCUGUUGAUGAGAAUCGAUUCGUUCGUAUGCAGCUGCUGAAAGGUUUGCUAAAUAGGGAGGUGGCAAGAACCGCAAGGAUGUUCGGUUAUGACUCUGCAUUUAUUGUGCAGUCAGCUACACCAGAAGAAGCAUACACCUCUGAAACGGUAUCGGUGGAAUCUCCUCAGGCCUUUGCGGUAGCAAAGGAAAGACCGUCAACUAGCAAUCGGCUACAGGGGAAACGCCGAAAUGAAAGUAGCACUAGUGGCUGGUCGAGUUCUAAAAAACAACGGCAGGAAAACGAGAGCAGACAACGGGGUUUUGGUCGUCGUUCGCGUUGUCCAAAAUGCCAUCAACUGUUCCAUAAGUUUGGUUCAUGUCCGGCAACGAACAGAAAUUGUAAUACGUGUGGGAAACGUGGUCAUUUCUCAGCGGCGUGCCGCAAAAAGCAAACCAACAACAUCCAAGUCAAGCGCGACAGCGAGCACGUGUGGACGGACGAAGAAAACGAUAAAAAGAGAGGUCAUGGAAGACACAGAUACCAACGUGGUCAGAGCGGACGAGGAUAUGGUCCUCGAGGUAGAAACACAUAUAAUAAUAGUGGACGCUAUAACAAUAACCGCAAUUUUAAUCAGUACAAUAAUAACGGUUACAGAACUGGUAACAACAAUAAUUGGCGUGGUAGAGGUAACCAGCAAUCCUACUAUCGAAAUCAGGGAGCUGGACAGCAAAUUUAUUACGCAAAUCAGAACCAGGGAAACGUCCAGAUCCCCCAACAGCAACAACAAAUUGGGGGAAUACUUCCGAACCAACAAAUACAGCAACAAAAUCAACCUGUGCGUCUAGCCCAAAUAGUGCAGCGCCAGUAA